AUGGAAGAUAUUUUAGAUCAAGUGAAAAAACUUAGUGCAGACGAACUGAGGACGCAGCUGAAGGAAUACGGAGAGACUGUCGGACCUAUUUUACCUACGACGAUUUCAUUAUUUCAAAAACGGUUGGCGAGAAAAAUCCUUGCAUCCCAUCAAACAACUUCGACCACGAUUUCAAAACCUUCCAUUGAUGACAGUGCAGUCACUUCAUUGUCAAAAGGAAAAGAAGGGAAGAAUGACAGAUGUAUUAAUGGGGCCGUUGUUAGGUCCACUAAUUCUCAACCAGAAUCAUCGACAGCAUCGAAUGGUUUGGCAAGCUUCAAAAUUGUUCCAGAGGGUGAAAAAUCUCAAGAUAACAAAACGAAGAUAAAUUUGGAAGCAUGUCAUUUUUAUGGAAUCAGUUUACCUGCAACUAUCCAUAAGGAAGAGAUCGAAGAUAAAUGCUUUGUCUUUACUGAUAAAGAUCUGGCCUUGAAAACAGUUAAGAAAUAUACUGGAGCACGUUUCAAAGUAUUCAAGUCAAAGCCGGAAGCUGAUGAAUUUUCCCUUAAUUCUGCUGAUGUCAACUCUCCAUGGAAAAAAGAAUCGAAGGGCCCAACUGAGUCUUCAUUUCUGUCAACUGGAGUAAGUGUGGAAAGCUGCCCAUUCAAAGCUCCGAAGAUACAAGAGUUAACUGCCCUUAGGAAAAAGAUAGAACAGGGUGAAUGUCGUGUGGUAGAGAACAUGUUCUGGGAAAACCCUCGUUUGCUUAUCAGCAGUGGAGACACUCCUGUCAUCUUACAGGAGAGUUCACGCUACAAUGCCCUCCAUGUGGCUGCCAAGAACAAUCAGGCAGCCAUGUGUCAACUGAUCCUAGAUACUCUGGAGGAUCCAAACCUGAUUGACAAGCUUUACGCUCACACCAAUGAGACUCAGCUAACACGCACCAACAGGAUCAACUUUGUGGUGGAUCUAUACCUCAACACUCCAGACAAAGGGAGCUGUGAAUCCCCUUUGCACUUUGCCUGUAAGUUUGGACACAAAGAUGUUGUUUCUGUGAUUGUAUCGCAUCCCAAGGUCGACCGGUUUUUCCGUAACAACUAUGGUCAGACUGCUGCUGAUGUGAUUUGCAGUAGAUGUACAGACCCAGAUGAAAAUUUGAAAGAUGAGAUUAAAGAAUUAUUAGAAGGUCAGUAUUAUGUACCUCUGGUCAGGUCAGAGGACAACACAACACAGCCUGUGAUUGGCCCUCCCUGGUCUCCAGACAGUAAGAAUCCUGCCAUGAAUGUCCCUUUCUCUUCAUGGAGCCCAAAGGAUCCACUUAUGGCUGUAAAGGCAUGUGCAGGACCUAUGACACCUUCAAGGGCAGAACAGUUCCACAAACAAUGGACUACUCCUCCAAGUGGGAGUCCGGACUAUAUCCGUCGGAAAUUUGUCAUAACUCGUCGUGAGGAUAGCGACAAAGGAAUGGAACGCCUUGGCCGAGACUUGGCACACCAAAUGCAAGUCCCGUGGCUGGAGUACUGGGAAUUCCUACAAACUUAUGCUGACCUUUCUUCUGAAGAUGGACUUGACCUUUUGGAGGAAUAUUUCCAGAAACAAAGAAUUGCAUUGUGUAUUGCUGAUGGUAUAGAGAAACUGGACCAGCUGGCUGUGAGUCAUGCUAGCGUAGCAGGAAGUGACAUUGGAAUCAGUCAGUAUAGCAACUUUUCAUGGAAUCUGUUAGCAUUGAGAGAAGAAGUUGAAAAAGACUUGGAGAGUUCAGAUCAUGAUAAUGAUUUUGAUUCUAUUGAUCUAGACGAAGAAGUAUUUAGUUCACCGAAACGAGAACCUCAGCUUCAGAAUGGAGGUGCUUGUAAAGUAGAAAAUGGUGUUGGGUCUUUAGCGACCAAUGGAACACCUCCUUCUAUGAGAAGUUCAUAUCUACGUAACAACCAAAAUCUUUACAGUACCCCUGUCGGUGGUGAGAACUACGGGUAUGGACGAGCCGGUUUCCUUAAUCGGUCAAUGGAGAGAAGUGACCUCAUGUUUCAGUCCACUGACAGCAUGACUGGCAACGGCAGUCCCAUUUCCUGCCUCUCUGCACUGUUUGCCAAGCUGUCCCUACUGGAUCGUUCCCGUUCAUCUCCAAGAGGAAUCUCAAAGUUUAUAUCUUGUACGUCCUGUAUGGGCAAUCGUUCUCAGUACAUCUCCUCACCAGGGGACUACCCAAUGGAUGCAUCAUAUGUAUCAGUAAAACCCUACAGCAAAAUCCCUUACUUCAAGGAAGCAAAUGAUACCUACAACGCGCACGUCGCUUCUCAUGAGGGAUCCGAAUCUGUUACUCAAAGUAACGUCCCAGUCAGUGUUUGGAAACGCCCACCUCUGACAAAAAUUGAACGAGAAGAACUGGAAUCAGAAAAACUGAAAGUGUCUCCUGGUGCAAAAUCUGAUAUGAACUGGAGAAGUAGCAAACCGACAUCAUUUGGUUCAGAAAGUGAUCCAGAACCGAAUUUACUGACUGAUUCUCAGAGCUCAGAACUUGAUGAUAGCAUAAAUGAACUGACAAACAAUUUAAAGAAAGUGGAGCUGCAGGAGGGGAAGGUUUCUGUGAACCAGUCAGAGGAUGGGUCCAGUAUUGACUGGCAGAAUGCCUCCAGUCGUCUUAAUGUCACCCUAGAAAUGGACAGAGACAAAAUAUCAGGCAUUAUGUUUGAAUCUUUAUUUGAAACUCUAAAUGAGAGAAAAAAUCUGGAAAAUGUGAGUAACUACAGAUCAGCUCCUAUACAAACCAGACAGGACAUAGUGGUGGAUUUGAAAGAGGAACUUUUGUUAAAAAGUGACAUGAUUGUCGCUGAUGUAGCUGUGAUACCGUUCCAUUGUAGCGUCGCAGAGAUGCACCUUUUUAAUGACAUUCCUUUCAAAGUCAUUCAGGAUAACCCCGAGAUGGACAAAAGCAUGGACAUGGAAACCCAUCUACCUGCUAUUAUUGAUGUCAAGUUCAAUUUUAUUGGACGUGACAUUACACAGGCUCUCACCAUCAGUAAUAGUCUCAAGUCGAAAAUGUUUUUCAUACAUGGAUACCGACCUACAAAGUCAGACUUAGAUGCCUAUCGGGCUAUGGAGGGGGCUACUGUGGACAAUGAUCGGUACCCUACUGUGCAAAAGUGGAGAGCCCAGGUACUGUCCUAUGCCACAGACUCUACCUUCAGUUGGCAGAGCCCCGCGAAAGUGAGAAAGCAGUCCAACCUGUCUUCAAGUUUCCCUCUUGGUUCUGCUAAACCACAGUCAGAUAAUCCUAUAACAUUUAGUCCAGUAGCACCACGGAGUCCAAGACACUCCAUGACCUCGAGUCUCACUAUGCCAAACAUUCGGACACAAUUAUUUUCAUCUUCAGGUCCAAAGAACCGCUGGUCAAUGAUAAAUUGAAUGUUGUAAACUUUGACCUUAGAUACAAUACAGAUCUGUUGUGGUUUUAGAGUGCUUGACCUUUGACCUGUCAUAUCAGAUUUAAUGAUUGGAAUUAACGACAUCAGUAUUUGAGUGUAACACAUGUGUUUUCCUGAUAAAACUCUGAAAGAUUACAAUCUACAGUUACACUUGUUAUAGAUUCUAACCACAGUGUGUUGGUAACAUUUACGUGAGUGCUGAAACAUAUUAGAGGUCAUGGCUGUUUGUAUUUCUGGAGAAGCUGAAGAACAGACAAGUCUGUGAUGACUUGGUUGUGUACUUGAACUAGACAAAUUGCCGUAAUUGCCCUGGAUGGUCGUGAUGGGCCUCCCAUAUGCUGUUAGUGAGGUAACCACCAGCUUCUACAAGGAGACGCCACUUUCAGAAUGAACGUGGCUAUUUUGGGGCAAUAAAGCCAAAAAAAAAAAAAAAAAAAAACAAAGAAAUUGAUCAUUUGUCAAACUGCUUUUACAAUGGAGAUCUGUAUUGAUAUUUUGUUUAUGUAUAGUAAUGAUAUUACUGAUUUUACUGGAUAUUUUUUAAUGUUGAACAAUUCAGUUUACUGGAGUAGGAUAAAUUCUUGUUUGUCUGUAUCUAUAUAUGUGUCAUUUCACUAUAACAACCAAGUUGUCAUUGUUCAUAUGGAGCAAUGUUGAUUCAGUUCUUGAUGAAUUUUUUUUAUCUUAUUUCUUUUAAUAGAUAAUACCAAAUACAAUCCAAUAUUUAAAAUCUGAAACUUCUUUAACCUAUUCUGGAUUGAAUCUUUGUUCAGCAAACUGUGCUUAGUUUCUGACAAUUUUCCUUCAGUUCUGACUCUACAAACAAAAUAUGAAGGGGGUUCACAACACUAUAUUAAUUAGGUAAUACAUUGUAUGUUGUACACCAGAGCAUUAACACUGGGUUAGUAUCAGUGUCUUUAGCUUUUGAUCAUAGAUAGUGUCGGUAACCUUCAGCUGAGUAUUAGAGACUUUAGGUGGGUCAUAGUGACCCUAGAUUUCAGCUGGGUGAUAGAGACUUCAGUCAUAUUAUCGAUAGACUUUAGUUGAGUCAUAGUAUCUGUAAGCUUAAGUCGAGUCAUAGUAUCGAUAGACUUUAGAUAAGUCAUAGUAUCGAUAGACUUUAGUUCAGUCAUAGUAUCUGUAAGCUUAAGUCGAGUCAUAGUAUAGAUAGACUUUAGUUCAGUCAUAGUAUCUGUAAGCUUAAAUCAAGUCAUAGAAUCGAUAGACUUUAGUUCAGUCAUAGUAUCGAUAGACUUUAGUUCAGUCAUAGUAUCUGUAAGCUUAAGUCGAGUCAUACUGUCCUUUAACUUAAUCAAAUAUUCAAGUUGUAGAAGUCGAAGAAUUACUGGCCUUCAUAUGUGGAUACUAUAUGAGACUUUGUUCAGAUUUUGUUUACUGUGGCACUCAUGCUACACUUGAUUCAGUUUCCAUUAUAGUAGAAGCCAGAUAUUCAAUAUUUUAUGGGUCUGUAUAUAGAUAAAUAUCAAAUACAAGCAUUGAUAUGCUUUACCUUGGAUUAGGGAAAAUAAGAGAGGUGUCUUGUAGUCUGUAUUUCCUUAACAAAGGAAAUGUUGAUAAGAAUUUCUCAGAAAUUAAUGGAGCAGAAUUCAACUGAAACCUGGAGAGGUGUUUUGUAUGCAGGCCUGGAGGUAGGUUGAAAUAAACCUGGAGAGGUGUUUUGUAUGCAGGCCUGGAGGUAGGUUGAAAUAAACCUGGAGAGGUGUUUUGUAUGCAGGCCUGGAGGUAGGUUGAAAUAAACCUGGAGAGGUGUUUUGUAUGCAGGCCUGGAGGUAGGUUGAAAUAAACCUGGAGAGGUGUUUUGUAUGCAGGCCUGGAGGUAGGUUGAAAUAAACCUGGAGAGGUGUUUUGUAUGCAGGCCUGGAAGUAGGUUGAAAUAAACCUGGAGGGGUGUUUUGUGUGCAGGCCUGGAGGUAGGUUGAAAUAAACCUGGAGAGGUGUUUUGUAUGCAGGCCUGUUGGUAGGUUGAAAUAAACCUGGAGAGGUGUUUUGUAUGCAGGCCUGGAGGUAGGUUGAAAUAAACCUGGAGAGGCAUUUUAUUAUGUGAGUCUGGAGAUAGGAUGAAAUAAACCUGGAGAGACGUUUUAUUAUGUUUGUCUGGAGAUAGGAUGAAAUAUGCCUGGAGAGACGUUUUAUUAUGUUUGUCUGGAGAUAGGAUGAAAUAUGCCUGGAGAGACGUUUUAUUAUGCGAGUCUGGAGAUAGGAUGAAAUAAACCUAGAGAGACGUUUUAUUAUGCGAGUCUGGAGAUAGGAUGAAAUAAACCUAGAGAGACAUUUUAUUAUGUGAGUCUGGAGAUGCCUCCAUUCACAAUAGUUACAAAAGUCCAAAAAUCCUUAAAAUGUUGCCAUGAAAGUUCAGUAUAUACUAUAGACACACAAAGGUUCCAUUCUGACUACACAUAGAGUUCACAAAUGAUUAUACACCUGCAUUCCACUUGUGAUAUCUGUGAGUCUGGAAAUAUGCCUGGAGAUGUUUUAUCAUGUAAUCCUGAUGGUAGGUUGAAUAUGCCUGGAGAGAUGUUUUGUUAUGUGAGCCCAGUGUUUUCAGAGAAAGUGAUAAUUUUUGUGGUUCUGGAUGUUAAGUACCUGAUAUCUGAAGUGACACUUAUAAUUUGUCUAUUAUAACAGUUGUAUAACUGUUAACUUGCCUACUAGACAUGAUGUAAGCUAUCCACUGAUUUCUCUUUGAGGGUACACAAGCUGGUGAAAACCACACUUGUAGGACAAAAAUCUUGUCGAUAUGUACACUGUAAAGUUGUGCAAUGUUCAGUUGAUUCAGCUUCAGUAAUACAAUGUACUGCAUGAAAUUUGCCUUUUUUGACGUCUGUUUUAUAUCAAAGAUGUUGAUUCCUGGUAUUGUUUUCUUUAUCAUGUUGUCUGACCAAGUUAAUGGCUGACCAGGUAAAUCACGUAUAGAUAGUAACCCCUUCCCUGUUAUAGGCUUCAUUCCAUCUAAUAAUACACAUUUUGAUAUUAAAAAUUACACAGAGUUGCAGUAUAUAUUAACUUACCAUAAAAUUACCUGCUUAUUCUACUUGGUUUCUAACUGUUUGUAAAAAGUUUUACAUCAUAGUAUUGUAACCCUGGUAAAAUACUAGCCGCAAUAUACCACUCGGCCAGAGAGAACUUCUCUUUAGCUCGAAUGGCUGAGCGUCAGACUAGUAAGCCAGGGGUCCUGGGUUCGAUUCCCAGAGGAGGCAUUGAGAUGAAAAAUUACAUCUGUUACAGUAUAGUAAACUAAAUCAUGUGAUAAAAUGGGAUCUUAUUCUUCUUCACUUGAAAUUUAUGCUUAAUCUUGUAUUGAUUGUUGUGGAGAGUUGACGUGUUGAAGUAGGGUAGGCAUAAUAAACUUUAAUAUUAAAUUAAUUUCAAAUUUUGAAAAGAAAUUGAUAAGUGUGGUGUACUGUUGAUCAAUGUCACAUAGAUGUUUGAAGUGUUGGAUUAUUUUUUAUGUUUACCUAAAACCUACUGCCUUCCCAGUUUAUAUGGUGAAAUGUACUGGACCAGAUGCUAAUCAAAGUAGUUUGUGUUGUAAUGGUCAGUUUUAUUGUCAGUUUUAGAGACCGUUGAGUAGAAAUAUUAUUUUUCCUUCGACCAAAUUGUGUUCAUAUUACUAUAAAUAAUCAAGUGUUGUGAAACUUUGUGCAAUAUGUGAUAAAGAAUAAUUUGCAUGUAGAUACAUGUACUAGAAAAUUGUUUUACUUUUUGUUCAUUUAAAAUAUGUUGCUUUUUCUGCAAUUUCAACGUGAUAUUUUGAAACUAAAUAAGUUUACAUUCUGUC